AUGAGCAAGGCCCUGGAGGAGCAACGCUUCACAAUCCAUGGCUCGGUCUUCCGGGACAAGCCUGGCUCUGUGAAAACCACUGGAUUUUUGCACAGGGUUCUGCCCGUUUCCGCCCAGCGAUCUUUCCGGGACGGAGCUUUCCGAGCUGUCUCCGACGGCGGCGUAGCGGUCGCGGCCGGAGUUUCUGCAGUCUUCCGGCCUGGCCUCGCCGCUAGAUUCUUGUCUGCGGGCCGGCGGCGGGAAGAUCACAGAUACGGCGGGCAUCCUCGACAGGUGAUCGAAGUGGUGCAUCCUGUGAGGGAUGAUGGGCCGUCGAGAUCGGCAGUCGGAGACGACGAGGAUCCGAAGCUGAUAGUGUUUGUCCAUGGAGGGGCCUGGGGAUCUGGCUCCACCUGGAUGUACCGCCUAAUGGUGGACAGGCUUUCUCACUCACACCAUCCUCGGUUGAGAUCGUACAGUGUUGCUUCGGUGGGGUACAGGGUGCAUCCAGACGCCGACACAGACGGCCAGGUGAACGACCUUGCCGAGGCGAUGCGAUGGAUAUCCCGCAACACCGGCACGAUGGGAUUCGAUCGAGACCCCGAGGUGUACCUCAUGGGACACUCGUCCGGUGCCCACAUCGGGAUGCUCUACCUCGUCCAACAAGCGGAGGAGAGGGGUAUGGCCGAGGCAGAGGCUGCAGCGCGAGCCAACGCCCCGACCGGCUUGCCGAACAUACCAGGUGGUGGUGGUGGUGGUGGUGGUGGUGGUCAUGGGUCUGUCGGUAGUAUUGGCGAUGGCGAUGUUAUUGGUGAAGACGGCGGGCGGCAGCUGGACGUGGAAGGGUUCAUUGGCCUGUCGGGGGUGUACGAUGUCCACCGACACUACCUGUACGAGUCUUGGAGGGGUGUACACGAGAUCUCCCCCAUGAAGGCGGCCAACGGCGGCAGGCUCCACACUCUCUCCGACUACUCCCACCAGUGUUUUCUGGGGACGGGGAGCCAUCGGGCGACGCGGACCUGGUCCCGCCCCCCUCUGGCACCUUCGUCGGGGCCUUCGCAGCACCAACAGCCUCGAGCACAAGCCCCUGCUAAAGGCGAAGAACCCUCGACUUACUCGCCUCGAGACACCCAACCCAGAGGUAACGUCGUCAUGUCUGGUGGGGGCCGUCGUGACGGAGGCUCGUCGUUGGCAAGUAAAGAGCCCGUUGCUCUUGGUGCGGGAGGCGUACCCGUUCCUGAGGCUGGAGAUAGAGGUCGAGGACUGGGGAGGCGACUGCCGCGCGUUUUGGUGAUGCAUGGGACGUCGGAUGCCACUGUCCCCUUCUCGCAGACGGCGGCGGUGGCUGCCGCGCUCAGGGCGCUCGGGGUGCCUACGGUGGUUCGCUUUGAGCAAGGGGGUGAUCAUUUCGGCAUGGUCGGUCAGCUCAUGUUCGAUCAGGGCUCCCUCGUGGAGACGGCUAUCUCGCAGUUUACAUCAAACCAGGCGAAAGAAGAUGCGCGUAAAGAACGCCAAGGCCGCGACCAGGGAGCCCCCCCACGGCACCCCCAGGCUAGGUUAUAGUCUAUGUACGGAGAAGCACUGCAAUAGUUGGCAGGGCUGCUUGUAAAAGGCUGACAUGUAGUUCUCUUCACAAUAACGACCGCGCAGGUGCUCGUACUUUCUGAGAUCCGUACUGGCCCAACUGACGCGGUCACCUUCAGUGGUCACUAUUAUAAUACUUCGAAGUAGCCAACUAUCCUAAGAAGCGUAUGCAUGACAUGUAUUUUUGUGCAAUAUCCAGGAGGAGGUGUUAGGUUCCAGAUACAGUUUCAUGCGUUUUGCAAUGUUGUGGUGCUCUGGUGUGUGUGGCGCCGUCAUUCCGUCACGUCGGCGGGGCUAGCCGUUAGACUUGGGCCUAGGUGUCAUUUUCGUCACGCGAGGUCACUGCCGAGAGGGAACAGGCUGGUAUUUCGUGAGCGUUGUAGAGAAAAGCAUUCCAACCUCCUGCCAUUGGAUGUUCAGUGUAAUAACUUUCGUGUCACAAGAAUCAAUACAAGUAGCCGUUUCUUUUAGCCCUGCCUGAUAUAAUCACGAUUUGCAUUU